AUUUGAAUCAGUGCACGACUAGGCUGCAACGGUGAGGACGAAAAUCGCCGUUCAGCACUAAAGUGUUUUUCAGGUCCGUUUCGCUUUAUCCAGUGCACUACGUGACUGAACCGAACCGAACACCUACAACAGAUGUCGUAUAGUGGCCCGAGGUCAUUGCUGACGAUUCGUCCAGUGGACGCAACAUCGUGUUGAACUAUCUUCGCUUUGGACAAGACUACGAUGUCUCGUGGUUUUGCAUUCAGUUCAGAGGCUAGUGUGCGAGAGAUUUGGAUUCUUUUUCUGUUAAAACAAUCGGGGCUGUUUCUGAGCUGGCGUCUCAAUUUCUACCACCGAAUCGGACAUUCUCACAGAACAUGCUGUGGAUCCGGUAAACUUAGUGUUGUUCUCGGUACGGAGGUACUUCCAGACGUCGGGAGAUGCAGAGACCGGAACAUACAUCGCAUAUAAAUACGAUCUUCGACCUCACUAUGUGUCCUGAAUCUGCAUUGGCACAACAUGCUCUUGUUGAUCUUUUCUCGACAUCUGCCGUAGACAGAGCAAUGUAUGCUCAGACCACUUUUAUCACGCCACUAAAUAGUCUACGGUAUGAUUCUGAGGACAUUGAAUAUCCGAAUAUGAUUUUUGGGAUAAUCGCGCCCUUACACUACAAUGUCGCUUUUGGUAUACAAACACCCGAAUGCGGAUGGCCAGGUUCCUCCACUUCCUACUGAUCGUAAUGUAAACAAAAUAUUGAACUUGAACGAUAAAGAGAAGGCGGCGAAAUGGCUACUGAUGACUAAGAAUGCAUCUUGGCAGGACCAUGUCCGUCCUCUAGUAGUGAACCAUUCAACACGACACGUCCCCUCUCGCACAUCUCAGCAAAUUCUGACUUGAAGUAUCCCAG